AUGGCAAAACACGUACAGACAUCUUUUGUUCCUCAUUUAGGGGGCAUUAAUGUUGGAUAUAGACUAUCCUUCACUGAUUCCUCUGUUCCAACUUUGGUACUCAUUAACCCGUUCACCACAACUGCCGACUACUAUCAGCCGGAAUUUGAAAGUGGGCAGCUAGCUGGAAAGCUUAAUCUUCUUGCUGUUGAACCUCUUGGUCAUGGCGCUACGCACACUAAGAGCGAAACAUAUACAUACUGGGAUUCGGCAAUUAUGACUCUACAGCUUCUGGACAUCCUUGAGAUUGAUCAUGCCUUUGUGGCCGGCACGUCCCAAGGAGGAUGGAUAGCGGCGCGAAUGGCACUUCUUUCACCACAGAGGAUUGACGGCCUUAUUCUCAUUGGGACUUCUAUGGACCUUGAAUCCCCAGAAAGUCGAGAAUUGGGGUGCUGGGACGGCCCUCAAGCCACUGCUUCAUUGGUUACAAUGAGUGCCGACAUUUCGCCCCAUGAUGAUUUCGAACCCGGCAGUGCAUAUGUCGACUUUUUAAUGCAAAUUGGCUAUGGAGAGAAAGUUACUGAAGAUUUGAAACAAAAAUGGGCCAAAUCUAUCCAGAAAAUUUAUUCGAGAGAUGCCGGAAAGAAAAUGAUCUGCAUGGCUGCUGUUUGUCUGUCCUCCCGAGACGGACUAUACGCACGCUUGCCUCAUCUCCGAUGUCCAGUGCUCUGGAUGCAGGGAACGGACGAUGUUGUUUUUAGUGUCGCCAAUGCCGAAAAGGAAAUUAAAUUGUUCACGAACGCUGCUGAGGCAAAAUUGGUUGUUAUGCAGGGUGGCGUUCAUUUUUUAAGCUUCACACAUGGAAAUGAGAUUGAAAAGAAUAUCGUAGAGUUUACCAAGCAAUGGUAG